AUGACGACCUCAAUUGCUAACAAGAAGCCGGAUGCAGAAAUGCUGAACCUAAAGAAUCGGAAAACUAGCGGGAAUGCUACUGUGAAGAAAGAAAAGUCCAGCAAGAAAGACACCGGUGCUCCGAAGAGACCGGCCGGAGCGUUCUUCAUAUUCAUGGAAGAAUUCAGGAAGGCAUAUAAAGAGAACUUUCCUGAUAACAAAUCAAUUUCCGCUGUUGGAAAAGCCGGUGGUGAAAAGUGGAAAUCGAUGUCUGAUUCUGAGAAGGCUCCUUACGUUGAGAAAGCUGCUAAGAGAAAGGCCGAUUACGGGAAAGCGAUGGAAGAAUUUAAAAAUAAACUCAAAGGAAUUGAUGUAAAGGAUGACGAAUCGGAUAAAUCUACUUCUGAGGUACACGACGAUGAGUUUGCUACUUUGCAGGUAGCUGUGGAUAAACGUGGUAGUGGAACGAACUAA